UGUGGGUCUCCACGUAGCUAGUAGUUUUUACACUGUCCUUGGAGUCAUAGCAAGCAUGCCUCCUAAAAAAGGCAAAGGCAAAGGCAAAAAGGAAGGAAAGGCUCGUAAAGCCAAACCACCCGCAGAGCCCGAGCCUCCGCCCGAAUUGUCUGAGGAGGUGAAGGCCAUGAUAAAGCAAAUCGAGCAGCUCCAAAAAGAUGUGGAAAAUGAACUAAAGGAGAGAAACAAAUUCCAAUUGGAGGUGGACAUGAUCCGCACUUUCUGGGAGGGCACCGGCCAACAGCUGGAGGAGGCCAAUGCCCGGCUCAUCAACUUGUACAGCGAGAUCGAGACAGACGAGCUCAACCACAGGCAAGAGAUCAAAGAGUAUUUGGGAGAAAUCAAACUCUACAAGGAGGACUUCAAAAAGCAUCAGAAAGGGUUUCACAAGCACGUGCACAAAGAGGAGGACGCGGAUGUGAAGCCCUAUGAGAAGGAGCGGGGUGAAAUGAUCCUGGACGAGCAGCUGGACAUCGAGGACACUGUCAACACGGUAAAGAUGAAGCACAACGACUACCUGGCCAAAAAAAAAAAAGAGAUGAGGGAACAACUGCUGCAAACAGAGCAGAAGUACAAGAAGAAGCUGGAGCUGCUCCAACAUGACCUGACUAACAAAGAGAAGACCAAGCUGAGUGAGAGAGAACAUUACUGGAGCAGCCUCAUUCACAGUCUCCAACAAGACCACGACAAAAGGUACAGAGAAUUUGACGCUUUCCUUAAUGAGUGCAAGAAGAAAGACCUGCGUCACAAAGACAAGGUUAGCAAACAAAUUCAAGUGUUUGUCGCCACGGAAGAGAACAAAAAACAACGUAUGGUUGGAUCGCUGGAUGCCAUCAUGUUAAAACAAGAGAAAAAAAAAGUCCAGACGCAGAUCACAAAACUCCAGAAGCUCCUGAGAAACCCCAUUAGGAAGAAGCAUCCCAAUGAAAAAAUCAAACGUCAGGAACUGAGUGAAUUGAAACAAGAUUAUGAGCUCCGUGAUCAGAAGUUCAAGCAGCUUCAGCUGGACAUUGACGAGCUGCACAGGAAGUUCCAGCAGAACAUCCAGGACAUCAAGCAGAGAGCAGAUCAGGAGAAUGCACAACUGGAAGCCAAACUCAACUCCCUGACGGACAAACUCAGCGGGAUGCAAUCUCGAAUUUGCUCGCAACUCUUCGGCAUCAACCUCGCCACCCUUGGUGGACUGAUAAACACAGCGGGGGACAACCUGACCUCGGCAGACACGGGAACUACCCAGGAGCACUGGAGCCGGAAUACCAGACUCAACCAGACCGUCGCCUGGCAGCUACAAAAUGUGAAAGAGCUUCUGCAGCGAGAUGUUGAGACUGCAGUCAAGGAGAGGACUGCUCUGACCAAACUGAUCAAUGAAAAGAUUGAUGAGCUGUUCCAGGCAAAGAACGAGCUACAAAAAGUCACUUUGGACCUUUUGGAGGCAAUAAAGACUAAUUCUGGAAAAGUCCUGCAGGAUUCUGCUACAGAACCCGUUGAGCCAGAGGUCCAUCUCCAGGACGACAGGCAGCCGAUGGGUGGCCUGAUGGACGAGAUUGUGAAAAUUGCGUGCAAGAAUCCUGCGGACGAUUUUGGAGCCAACGUGACCUCCUUGAUAUUUGACCCGGUCAUGGACAUGCAGCUGAGAAACACAAAGGAGCUCCUUCAGAGUCACACCGAGAUGGCCACCAAGAGGCGGACCCAGCUAAUCUUGCUGUUAAAUGACAAAACGCACGAGCUGCACAACAUCCAAAGCAAAGUCAAAGAAACCUAUCUGCAGCUGAAAAGGCAGAAAAUAGUCGCGUCUAAAAACCUAAACGUAGAGGAUGCUUUGUUGCUCCUCACCAUAAUGUGACGGCCAUCUUGCAUCAAGUCAGUCAUUAUAAAAUGAUUGUGCAUAAUAAAAAAAACAUUUGCCGUAA